CAGAAAUUUGUUUUUUGUUUUUCCUCGUCUCUACCACUUUCUUCAAUACUAGCAUUUAAUUUUCGCCCCAGAUCCCUAGCUUCCUUACACACAUCCCUAUCUGUUAAAUUUCGUAGACAACAAACUUAAUUGCAACAAGACGAAUCCUUUUUUUUUUUUUUUUUUAAUAAUAAUAGUUAUUAAAUUUAACUCGAAAACCCUUUUUGCUUUCUGUCUGUCUCUCAUCUGUUUUGUGUCUGGUACGGGGUCUCGUUUAAAGAAAUCAGCAAACCCAUGGAUUCUUCUGUCACUCUCUCGCAUGCACGAGAGCUCUCUUAAAGCAAGCCCAACCAAAGAGAUGGUCUUCCCAUUGUCCUUUCAGGCAAAAGCAUGAGACUUGAGACUACGGAAUGGGUUGCGGAGGAUCCAAAGUCGACGACCAACCGCUUGUGAUUCUCUGUAGAGAGAGGAAAGAGCUGAUCAAAGCGGCGUCGUAUCACCGCUCUGCUUUGGCCGCCGCUCACCUCGCUUACUUUCAGUCUCUCUGCGACGUCGGAGAGUCUAUCAAACGCUUCGUCGACGAGGAGUUAGUCCUCUCUGCUGGCUCCAACAACAACUCUUCGCCGCCGGACUCGCCGGUUCUUACUCUCCCUUCCGACGAAGGGAAGAAGAAACACAAGAUCUCCUCUUCUUCGACCUCUGUUUCGCAUUCCGUCGUCGAAGAAGAUGACGGAGAAGGCUCGCAUUUGCAUUUAUCGUCUGGAUCUGAGUUCGAUUCGGGAUCGGAAUCUGGAUCUGAUGAUUCUUUAGCUCAUCAUAUCCAUAUCGAAUCUAGCCCUAAAGUGCUAAAGGAGCAACCUUUACCGGAAACUUACCCGCCACCAGGUUACCCACCAAGUUACCCGCCAAGUUACCCGCCGGGUUUCUCCUCCGGUUACCAGUAUCCGGGCCAAGGUUGGGGCUUUAUGGGAGAGAACCCGAAUCCAAACUCGAACCCGUAUCAAGGAAUGUACUUCAUGAAGAAGUCUGCGCCACCGUCUCGUCCGGUAGUGUUUCAGCCGGAGAAUCACCGAGUUGAGAACGGGCAGUGGCCACAGGAGAAUGGUUAUGGUUAUUAUGGUUAUCCUGAGCAGCAACGUAGAGCAGCGCCGCCGUCUCCGGCGAGGCCUCCUCCGUCUCCUCCCACGGUUUCCACUUGGGACUUUUUGAAUGUGUUUGAUACUUACGAUUACAACAGAACUGGAGCCGGUGAAAGUUCUGGUUUUUAUCCGGCUGCUGGUGGAGUUAAGUCGAGUUCAAGCAGUCUUGACUCAAGGGAGGUGAGAGAGAGGGAAGGGAUUCCUGAGUUGGAAGAUGAAACAGAGCAAGAAACGUUGAAACAGUCCAAGAGGAAAAGUGUUGAGAAGAUGAAAGAGCAUAUACCUGAAAACGAGCCGAGCCAUUGGUCCCAACUAGAUGAGAGGAAGAUCAAGAAGAGAGGAGGAGACUCAGGUGAAGGAACAUCGAGGGAUGUGCCUAUGGUAGAGAGCUCUUUCAGUUCAAAGACGGUGUCUUCGUUUACCAGCAGUGAAGAAGGGUCUGAGUUUCACCAUGUUAACGAAGGAGAAGAGAGUAGUAGCAGCCACGGGCAUGAGGCUGUGGCUAGGAAGAGCGUUGGAGAAGUAGAGGAAGAGUACGUGAGGAAGAAAGGAGUGAGCUUUGAGUUGGAGGAGAAUAUAGCAGCAACUUCUUUUGAUGUUGAGUCUUCCAAGAUAAGUAGCCUGUCUGCAUUGUCGGUUCACGCCACUAGAGAUCUAAGAGAAGUUGUGAAGGAGAUCAAGAGUGAGUUUGAGGCUGCUUCUUCGCAUGGUAAGGAAGUGGCUGUGUUGCUUGAGGUCAGCAAGUUGCCUUAUCAGCAGAAAAGCUCUGGCCUUAAAGUUAUCUUCUCUCGGAUCAUGUCAUCACGCUCUCAGCCACAACCAUCAAUAAGGUUAACAUCAAGGAUACUUAAAAUAGCAAAAUCAUACAAUGUUCAGGACGUUCCCGAAGGCUUCACUGCAAACCUCUCAUCAACCUUGGAGAAACUCUACGCCUGGGAAAAGAAACUGUACAAGGAAGUCAAGGAUGAAGAGAAGCUUCGAGUUAUCUACGAAGAAAAGUGCAAAACACUGAAGAAACUAGAUAGUCUUGGUGCAGAGUCUAGCAAGAUUGAUACAACUCGAGCAGCCAUUAGGAAGCUGCUAACCAAACUCGAUGUCUGUAUAAGAUCCGUUGAUUCCAUUUCCAAUAGGAUACAUAAACUGAGAGACGAAGAGUUACAGCCACAACUCACUCAGUUGAUUCACGGGUUAAUAAGAAUGUGGAGAUCGAUGCUUAAGUGCCACCAGAAGCAGUUCCAGGCCAUCAUGGAGAGCAAGGUACGAUCUCUGAGAGCAAACACCGGCUUACAAAGAGACUCUGGUCUCAAAGCGAUUCUUGAUCUUGAGAUGGAGCUAAGAGAAUGGUGCAUCAGCUUCAACGACUGGGUCAACACUCAGAAACUCUACGUGGAGUCUCUAAACGGGUGGCUAUCAAGAUGUCUUCACUACGAACCCGAGUCGACGGAAGACGGAGUGGCUCCUUUCUCUCCGAGCCGCGUUGGAGCUCCGCACGUUUUCGUUAUAUGCAAGGACUGGCAAGAAGCGAUGGAGAGAAUCUCAGGAGAUAACGUCACAAACGCCAUGGAAGGUUUCGCCGCGAGUUUACACGAGCUGUGGGAGAGACAAGACGAGGAGCAGAGGCAGAGAGUGAAAGCGGAGUACGUGUCUCAUGAUUUCGAGAAACGGUUGAAUGAUCUUCGGAUGGAGAGGGCGAGGGUGAGGAUGAGAAACGAGCAGUUACAAGACGGCGGCGCGUCGUCCGAGAGGAGCGUGGUGUUGUCGGAGAGCGGGAGGAUCUCGGCGCUGGAUGAUCUGAAGGUGGAUUUGGAUUCGAUGAGGAAGAAGCUGGAGGAAGAGAGAGCGAGGCAUAAGGAAACGAUUAAGCUAGUGAACAAUGCGGCUUCAAGUAGCUUACAGUCUGGUUUAGUGCCCAUCUUUGAGGCUUUAGGGAAUUUCACAUCACAAGUUGUGAAAGCUCAUGAACAUGUUAGGUUUCAACAGCCUCAGUCUUCUUCUUGAUGAAAAGUAAGGCUGAGGAUUUUGAUUUUGCAUCAGAAAAUUUUGGUAAUGAAAAAUUUAGAUUCGGCGUAGAAAAAUUGUUUGUAUAUGUUGUCUCCAUUUAUAAUAU